CCCAAACCCUGUUUUGCGGCAGCAAUAUAAAACCUUACUCUACCAAACUCCUCUUUGUGUGUAUUCAAAGCAAAACCCUCACACACAGAGAGCCAUAGUUACCGAUGGCGCAGUCUCUGGAGUUUUUGCUGAUUCAAUUUCUCAUGCCAGACAACGACGCUCGCCGUCAAGCCGAAGACCAAAUCAAACGCCUCGCUAAAGAUCCUCAAGUCGUUCCUGCUUUGAUUCUUCACUUACGCACCGCCAAAACCCCUAACGUCCGUCAACUCGCCGCCGUUCUCCUCCGUAAGAAAAUCACCGGUCAUUGGUCCAAACUCUCUCCUCAAGAUAAACAGCUCGUCAAAGAUUCCCUCAUCCAAAGUAUCACCCUAGAACACAGUCCUCCUGUUCGGAAAGCGAGUGCGAAUGUUGUUAGCAUUGUUGCAAAGUACGCCGUUCCCUCCGGUAUGUGGCCAGAGUUAUUUCCGUUUCUCUUUCAUAGUAGUCAGAGUCCUCAAGAGGAUCAACGUGAAGUGGCAUUGAUUCUAUUUAGCUCUUUAACUGAAACAAUUGGGAAUGCUUUUCGGCCGCAUUUCGCAGAUCUGCAAGCUCUUUUACUUAAGUGUUUGCAGGAUGAGACUAGCAACCGGGUUCGAGUUGCUGCUCUCAAGGCGGUGGGAUCUUUUAUGGAAUUCACUCAUGAUGGGGAUGAAGUGAUUAAGUUUCGUGAGUUUAUUCCAAGCAUCUUACAUGUAUCAAGACAGUGCCUUGCCUCUGGAGAAGAAGAUGUUGCCAUAAUUGCUUUUGAAAUUUUCGAUGAGUUGAUUGAAUCUCCUGCACCUCUUCUUGGAGAUUCAGUAAAAUCCAUAGUACAGUUCUCGCUUGAGGUUUGCUCAACUCAAAGUUUGGAACCUAACACACGGCAUCAGGCAAUCCAGAUUAUUUCUUGGUUGGCAAAGUACAAGUCCAACAUUUUGAAAAAGCAUAAGCUGAUCCUCCCUAUCUUACAUGUUUUAUGCCCUCUGCUUGCUGAAUCAACCAAUGAAGACGAAGAUGAUGAUCUUGCACCUGAUCGAGCUGCUGCAGAAGUUAUUGAUACAAUGGCUUUGAACAUCCCAAAGCAUGUUUUUCCACCUGUUCUUGAAUUUGCUUCUGUAAGCUAUCAAAAUGCAAACCCAAAGUUUCGAGAAGCAGCUGUUACUGCAUUAGGUGUCAUUUCUGAAGGUUGUUUGGAACUCAUGAAAAAAAAUCUGGAGCCUGUUCUCCAUAUUGUCCUGGCAGCUCUCAGGGAUCCCGAACAAAUGGUCAGAGGAGCAGCUUCCUUUGCUUUGGGCCAAUUUGCUGAGUACUUACAGCCUGAAAUAGUGUCCCAUUAUGAGGGUGUCCUUCCCUGCAUUUUAAAUGCUCUGGAGGACGUAUCUGAUGAAGUGAAGGAAAAGUCAUACUACGCUUUGGCUGCUUUUUGUGAGAACAUGGGUGGUGAUAUCCUUCCUUUUCUAGAUCCGUUAAUGGGAAGACUGUUAGCAUCUCUCCAAAACAGUUCUCGCAUUUUAAAAGGAACAUGCAUGUCUGCUAUUGGUUCUAUUGCUUCUGCUGCAGAGCAAGCUUUCUUUCCUUAUGCUGAAAGGGUUUUAGAGUUGAUGAAAAACUUCAUGGUGCUAACUAAUGAUGAGGAUCUCCGUUCACGUGCAAGAGCAACGGAACUAGUUGGAAUGGUUGCAAUAUCGGUAGGGAAAACGAGAAUGGAACCAAUAUUACCUCCUUAUAUAGAAGCUGCAAUUGCUGGGUUUGGUUUGGAGUAUAGUGAGCUUUGGGAGUACACACAUGGUUUCUUCAGCAAUAUUGCUGAGAUUUUGGGUGACAGUUUCGCCCAGUAUCUUCCUCAUGUUGUGCCUCUUGCAUUUUCUUCCUGCAAUCUUGAUGAUGGCUCUGCGAUUGACAUUGAUGAUGGUGAUGAUGAAAUUGCCAAUGGAUUUGAAGGAGUUUCAUCUGACGAUGAAGCCCAUGACGAGCUAAGGGUUCGUAAUAUAAGUAUUAGAACUGGAGUGUUGGAUGAAAAGGCAGCUGCAACCCAGGCCCUUGGUUUAUUUGCACAGCAUACAGCCGUCUCUUAUGCUCCGUAUCCUUUGUUAGAUACGUAAACCUAGAAUGCUUUAGAUAAUAAAUUUUCGAGACUUGCAUUGUAAUUUUCCCAUAUGAAUUAAUCUGUGAUUUUUGUCUCUCUUCCUCUUUUCUCUCUUUCUCA